AUGAACAAACAUCAAAUUUGCCUCAAGAAAAGUCAGCUGCGGCUGUGUUACCAAUACGAUGACACUUCAGAGCAGCACCAGAUAACGUGGGGGCAGUCCAACACAAACACGGCGUAUUUUGAUGAUAAAUCUCCGUCGAACGUCACAGCUGUGGUUGGGAAAAGAGCUCGACUCCCCUGUAAAGUUAUUAACUUCAAUAAGGAAGAUCACCAAGUGUCGUGGAUCAGGCAGAGAGACAUCCACAUCCUCACUGUUGGAAUCUUCACGUACACCACAGACGACCGAUUCAAGGUCUUCCACCCCGAAGAGAGCGACGAGUGGUUCCUCGAGAUCAACCCCGUGACCUUCAGAGACGCCGGCGUGUACGAGUGCCAGGUGUCAACGAGUCCCAAGAUCUUCCUCCCUGUCUCGCUGGCGGUGGAAGUGCAACAGGCAAGAAUAAACGGGCCAGAGGAGCUGUUCAUCCAAAACGGCUCGACCAUCAGACUCAUAUGCAUAAUCAACACCCACUCCGAGAACGUAGGGACCGUAGGCUGGUAUCGAGACACUACGGUUCUGGACUACGAUUCGCCGAGAGGCGGCGUGAGUGUGGAAAUCGAGAAGACACCAUUGAAGACGACUUCCAAGCUCUUUCUCACAAGGGCUCUGAAGGGGGACUCGGGAAACUACACAUGCGCGCCGCAGUUCGCUGAGGCGGCAUCGGUUAUGAUACACAUCGUCAAUGGUGAAGAAUCUGCAGCUGUCCAGACUGCCAAAUCAGUCAUGCUGGCCAGAGACUUAAAGCUUCUUACUACAUGUGUUCUCGUGGCAUUAUCGACCUUAUAUUCACGGUGGACAGUUACAGAUAUAGUGAUUUCAGAAGUGACAACUUUGUAUCACACUAUAUAA